UCAGGCCACCACGAGACAGAGAUGGAGACCAGCAGUCCGUGGCCUCCGAGGCCCAGCCCCAGCGCAGGGCUGAGCCUGGAGGCGCGGCUGGGCGUGGACACUCGCCUCUGGGCCAAGGUACUGUUCACCGCGCUCUACUCGCUCAUCUUCGCGCUCGGCACGGCGGGCAAUGCGCUGUCCGUGCACGUGGUGCUGAAGGCGCGGGCCGGUCGCCCCGGGCGCCUGCGCUACCACGUGCUCAGCCUGGCGCUCUCAGCCCUGCUGCUACUGCUGGUCAGCGUGCCCAUGGAGCUCUACAACUUCGUGUGGUCCCACUACCCCUGGGUCUUCGGCGAUCUGGGCUGCCGUGGCUAUUACUUCGUGCGCGAGCUGUGCGCCUACGCCACAGUGCUGAGCGUUGCCAGCCUGAGCGCAGAGCGCUGCCUGGCCGUGUGCCAGCCGCUGCGCGCCCGCCGCCUGCUCACCCCGCGCCGCACCCGCCGCCUGCUGUCACUGGUCUGGGUCGCCUCUCUGGGCCUUGCCCUGCCCAUGGCGGUUAUCAUGGGACAGAAGCACGAAGUGGAAAGCGCGGACGGGGAGCCUGAGCCUGCCUCGCGUGUGUGCACGGUGCUGGUGAGCCGCGCCACGCUUCAGGUCUUCAUCCAGGUGAAUGUGCUGGUAUCCUUCGCUCUUCCCUUGGCACUCACUGCUUUCCUGAAUGGCAUCACUGUCAACCACCUGAUGGCCCUCUACUCCCAGGUACCAUCAGCUUCUGCCCAAGUCAGCUCCAUCCCCAGCCGCCUGGAGCUCCUGAGUGAGGAAGGCCUCCUGGGCUUCAUCACGUGGAGAAAGACUCUCUCCCUGGGGGUCCAAGCCAGCCUGGUGAGACACAACGAUGCCAGCCAGAUCCGCAGCCUCCAGCACAGCGCCCAGGUUCUCAGAGCCAUCGUGGCUGUGUAUGUCAUCUGCUGGCUGCCGUACCAUGCCCGCCGACUCAUGUACUGCUACAUCCCCGAUGAUGGAUGGACUAAUGAGCUCUAUGAUUUCUAUCACUAUUUCUACAUGGUGACCAACACGCUCUUCUAUGUCAGCUCAGCAGUGACCCCAAUCCUCUACAACGCCGUGUCUUCCUCCUUCAGAAAGCUCUUCCUGGAAUCCCUCGGCUCCCUGUGUGGUGAACAGCACUCCUUGGUGCCCUUACCCAAGAAGCCCCAGAGUCAACCACUAGUACGUACAGUUUCCGGCUUUGGGGAUCCCCAAGAAACCCCAGCCUGGGAGAAAUACAAGUAUGAAGAGAACAAACAAUGGCUGCUUGGGACACGCCCGUCAGACAAGCCAUGCCAUCACUAACAGUCCAGGUGGACCUACUGACCCAGUGCAUACUGCAGGCAAACCACAUAACACCUCCUGCCCUCAGCUUCCCACAGAGAACAACAGAGUUGAAGAAUAGGAACCGUCGCCUAGUGAUGAAGGUGCCCAGUGCCAGGCCUGGUACAUAGUCACUACUCAAUAAAUUUUAACCCGGUGCUA